AUGGCGCCUGCUACAGCAGAGGCCGCCUCGCCAAUUGGCAUUGCCAACCUACCCAACCAGCGACACAAGAUUGUCGCGAAGAGAGGUGCAGCAUUUACCAUUAUGGUCGCCGGCGAGUCUGGGUUGGGAAAGACCACCUUCAUCAACACCCUCUUCUCAACGACCAUCAAAAACUACCAAGACCACAAGAGACGCCAUGCCAAACAGGUCGACAAGACUGUCGAAAUCGAGAUUACAAAAGCUGAGCUAGAAGAGAAGUUUUUCAAAGUCCGUUUGACCGUUAUUGACACUCCCGGCUUUGGCGAUUAUGUGAACAACCGCGACUCUUGGAUGCCCAUCAUCGAAUUCCUUGACGACCAGCACGAGUCGUACAUGUUGCAAGAGCAGCAGCCUAAACGACAAGACAAGAUUGACCUGCGUGUCCAUGCCUGCCUUUACUUCAUCCGUCCUACGGGCCACACCUUGAAGCCAUUGGAUAUCGAGGUCAUGAAACGUCUCUCCUCUCGUGUCAACCUGAUUCCAGUGGUCGCUAAAGCCGAUACACUGACUCCGGCCGAUCUCGCACUCUUCAAGGCCCGCAUCCGUAGGGUCAUCGAAGCCCAGGGUAUCAAGAUCUACCAACCUCCCAUCGAGGACGACGACGAAGCAGCAGUGCAACACGCCCGUGCCUUGAUGGCCGCCAUGCCAUUCUCUGUCAUUGGCAGCGAGAAGGAUGUCAAGACUCCGGACGGUCGUGUCGUGAAGGGCAGACAAUAUUCCUGGGGUGUUGCGGAGGUUGAGAACGAGGAACACUGCGAUUUCAAGAAGCUACGCUCCAUUCUCAUCCGGACUCACAUGCUCGAUCUCAUUCACACUACCGAGGAAAACCAUUACGAAGCCUACCGUGCCCAACAGAUGGAAACCCGCAAAUUCGGCGAAGCCAGACCCAGAAAACUGGACAACCCCAAGUUCAAGGAGGAGGAGGAAGCCCUUCGAAAGAGAUUCACGGAACAAGUCAAGGUGGAGGAACAGCGAUUCAGAGCCUGGGAACAGAAGUUGAUAGCGGAAAGAGAUCGAUUGAAUAAGGAUUUGGAGUCCACUCACGCCGCCAUCAAGCAAUUGGAGCAGGAGCUUGAGCAGAUGCAAGGCAGUGCUGUCCGAAGCCAUGGACGCCGUUAG